GUGGACAGUGACAGUGACAAUGUGAGUGAGGUUAUCUUUAAUUAUGUAAGGUCGGAAAACAAUUUUAGCGACUCAAUUUUAAAUCUUAUUUUAUAAAAUGUCAGGGCCUCUCAGAGCAAGGGUUCUCCAAAGCUUUAAAAAUAUACACAAAACGAGAAAAAAUAUAUUUGAUGGUGAUAUAAUCGCUUUAACAGAAGCUAGAAACAAAAUCAAUGAAGAGUACAAAAAGUGUAAACAUGUUUCUGAUCCAGGAGCUAUUGAAGAAUUGGUAAAGUAUUCCGAGGAGGUUGAAAAGGAGUUGAGAACCACGGUAAUACAAGCAAAAGAAGUGAAACCUGGCGUUUUCGAAGCUAAAAUAAGAGAUGAAACUGUAAAAUUGGAGAAUGUUCCUUUUAAUGAAUGUGCUAGUAAACAGAACAAUUAAAUAGGUAGUUUAAAUAAUUGUUUUAACCAAAGACUGAAUUUAGUUUUUAUCUGAGUUUGUGAUCAAUGUAUAUUUAGUAAAUAUAUAUUUGUUGUUUUAUA